AUGCUCUCCCGCUUCGCCCCCGUUGCUCGCGCCGCCCCCUCGGUCGCCAAGCGCGCCUUCUCGGUCUCGGCCACCCGCGCCUACAACACCGAGUACCGCACCUCCGAGAAGACCCAGUCGCUCCACAACUUCUCGGACGAGGAGAUCAUGCUCCGUGACACCGUCCGCAAGUACGCCGAGGAGGUCAUCGCCCCCAAGGUCUACGAGAUGGACGAGUCCGAGGUCAUGGACCCCGCUGUCAUCCAGGGCCUUUUCGACAACGGCCUCAUGGGCAUUGAGAUCCCCGAGGAGUACUCGGGUGCUGGCAUGUCGUUCACCGGUGCCAUUCUCGCCGUCGAGGAGAUCUCGCGUGUCGACCCCUCGGUCGCUGUCCUCGUUGACGUUCACAACACCCUCGUCAACACCGUUGUCCGUCACCACGGCUCGGACGCCAUCAGGGAGAAGUGGCUCCCCGGCCUCGCCACCGACACCGUUGGUUCGUUCUGCCUUACCGAGCCCGGAGCCGGCUCGGACGCCUUCGGCCUCCAGACCACCGCCAAGGAGGACGGUGACCACUACAUCCUUAACGGCACCAAGAUGUGGAUCUCCAACUCGGGCGAGGCCGGCACCUUCCUCGUCUUCGCCAACGUUGACCCCUCCAAGGGCUACAAGGGCAUCACCUGCUUCGUCGUCUCCAAGGACAUGGGCGUCGAGAUUGCCAAGAAGGAGAAGAAGCUCGGUAUCCGCGCCUCGUCGACUUGCGUCCUCAACUUUGACAACAUCCGUGUCCCCAAGGAGAACAUUGUUGGCGAGGUCGGCAAGGGCUACAAGAUCGCCAUCGAGAUCCUCAACGAGGGCCGUAUCGGUAUCGCUGCCCAGAUGAUCGGUCUUGCCCAGGGUGCCUUUGAGAAGGCUCUCCCCUACACCUACCAGCGCAAGCAGUUCGGCAAGGCCGUCGGUGACUUCCAGGGCAUGGGCUUCCAGUUCGCCGACAUUGCUACCCAGAUUGAGGCUGCCAAGCUCAUGACCUACAACGCCGCUCGUCUUAAGGAGGAGGGCCGUGUCUUCACCAAGGAGGCUGCCAUGGCCAAGUACUUCGCUUCGGUCGUUGCUCAGCGCGCCGCCGGUGCCGCCAUUGAGUGGUGCGGUGGUGUCGGCUUCACCCGCGACACUGGUGUUGAGAAGUUCUGGCGUGACUCGAAGAUCGGUGCCAUCUACGAGGGUACCUCGAACAUCCAGCUCGAGACCAUUGCCAAGUUCCUCAAGAAGCAGUACGCAUAA